CUUAGUACUUUAGGAACUUAUGCCUCAGGUCGAAGAUGGAGUGUAAACUGGAAAAACGUGAUAUCUACAAACAAUUUCCAGAUGGCCUUCCCUGAGUACCACCACACAGAGCUGAGAAGCCUACAUUCCCAGUUUCGUCAAAUGUUUGCUGAUUUUGGAAGUUAUGGUGGAUUAAACCUACAGGAUGAUGGGAAGGAAGUAUCUUUCGUUCCGCAAAAGUGUCACCCCCAGCCGGGACAGUUACAGUAUUCUGCGUUCCACCCCACAAUGCCUCUUUAUCCCUCUCCAACUGAUGUGCCUUUUCCAUAUCGUGACCGGAUAUCAGGAGCUCGACUGGAGAGACAGAAUAAACUGAAGACAUUCUUGCACUUUACAUUAUGCUUCAGAUGGAAUUCCUUCAGGGCUAGAGGAGCAUGGGAUGAAUCUGCUGAUCUGAAUGAUAAGUGUAAGGAAACGGGCAGGUUUAUCAAAGAAUCAAAGUCAAAACUUCAAACAGCAAUUAAGGAGCAGGACAUUGCUGCGGAGAAAGAUGUUCUUGAAAAGAUGAAGAAAUUCCGAUGGAUAUGGUCACAUAUGGAAGCAUAUAAAGAACUUGGAAACAUCGGUUAUGUUCCUGAUGUUAACUUUCACUUCACUGGAGGCUGUCUUGCCUCGCUGGAAAGGGGAGAUAAUCAGUUAUUGCUACAUCCUUCUGGUGUUGACUGGGAGCAAGUUUCUGUGACAUCUGUAAAGGAAACUGAUCCGGGCAUGGUUCAAGCGGACCAACUGACCAGUGGUCAGGCUGUGUCCUCUAUCUACCAACUUGACAGCCAGUAUCUUUGCAGUACAGCUUGCUGUGUGGCCAGAACAAAAGAUGGCUGCUCUUUAUGGAAAUUGGUUGAUACUGAGGAGGCCACAUCUUCUCUGACUUUGGAUAACCGUGGCAAUCAAUCAGUGGAUAAUAUAUCCUCUGUCUGUCUCAGCCCAUUUAUCCCAGCUGAAGUCCUUGUUGCCACAAGUCAGGGUGAUGCGCUCCUGUGGACACCCAUUAACAGCAUGGAGGUUGUAGUGAAGGAGAACAGCACCAGGUUUGAGUGCAUGGAACCGUGGCGACAGUGUCAGUUUGGAGCACACCCACGACUGAUUACCAUGACAGACAGGUCCAUGCUGCAGCUCUUUGACAUCAGGACAAGCUGUAAAACAGGUACAGACAUAUUUGCUCUGCCCAGUAAACUGCUUCACCCUGAGGAGAGGAUACAGGUUAGCUGCCAGCAGCCCUCACAGAGCUUCUAUCACCUUCUGGCCACAGACUACUCUCUCUUCCUGCUGGACCAGAGAUUCCCCAAUCAUCCUGUGCUACAGUGGUAUCACAUGUUAAGUGUCCCACAGUACCUGUCACCAGCCAAUCAGGAGCUAGCAGAUGGACGUCACAUGACUCUACUGGCUAGCCAAAUUCCGGCAGAGACUUAUGCCUUCCAGUAUAACUUUUCUACAUCUGGUAUCCCUCCCUGUUCUAGCUGCGUUCCAUUCAGAAUAUCUUGUAUAGAGGACUUUCCACUGUUCCCUGAUCUGAGUGGAGUCAUCAGUAACAUGGUUACUAACCGUCUUUCUUCCUCCUCCCUAGCAGGGGUGGCACUGCUCAACUCCAACACCUCUGCAGGGGGAUUCACAGCUUACCAGCUUGACUGCCAUGGGGACUUGUUCUAUCAAACUUACCACAAGAGAGCUCUCUCAGGGGAGAUCACCCAGGCACCAGGUCCAGGCAGCACUGAUGUAAACCUAUCCAGUGCGGUAAUAGACAGAUGUACAAAAUGGCUGAAGACUUUGGAAGCUCAGAGUGAUAGCUGGUUUCGUGAUAUAUUUGCCACAAGCGAGCAUGUCAAGGUUGAUGCUUCGGAAUCAUUUACAGCUGUGACUCAGCAGAGUUAUGCCCAUGUGUUAUGCCCGCUGUGUAUGCCCCAGACCUGUAGGGUGGGGGACAUAGGGAUGUGGGAAGGAGCAGGAGAGGCUGACCCUGGGUCUGAUGCAGAUGUGUGUCAUGUAUGCAGCACCCCACUAGCCGUGAGUCGAGCCAUGGAGGAUGCCCUCAAACAGAACACAGUGGUAUAUGAACACAACCAGGAACCAAACUGGGAUGAGAUGAUUCCAGACUCUGUAGACUUGAUGUCCUGCCAGCUUCCCCUCAGUAAGAUGCUGGUCAAAGAGUGGCAUGGGGAAAACAACAUUGACGAUCUGCUCAAAGCUCAGGACCGUAUACUACAAAAACGAAAGGAAGAGCAGAUCAAAAAGAAAAAGGAAGAAUUAAAAAAGAGUGAGGAAGUAACAAGCACUCACAGACAAUCUCAGGAAUCUCUCUCUCUCUCUGUCCGUGACCAGGACAAUCACACACCCUGUAGGACACCCUCGUCGUCACCACCCUCAACCCCAGGGUUCGGAGCAACACCCCAGAGAUUUAGAGAGCGGGGUAGGGCUGAUAGCCUGAGGGGUGAUAGAAAUACUCCCCCUGUGACUCCCACUGUGUCUACUUCACAGAAUGGAUGUGUGGACACUAUGUUCUCUUUCGUGUCACCCCAGCGUCCAGCGUCUACGCCCAGUCUGUUUACACCGCCGGCAAGGAGACGAAAAAAGAAGCAUGUCACAGGGUUUUAAGGAAUAUAUGUACCUCACCAAACUUGUUUCCAGAUUUUAGGUUAAUGAAAUACGGGUGUACAUGUAAAUGUAUAUAGAUGUAUAUUUUUAUAUGCCAAAAUAUGUGUAAUAAGCUUUUAUUUUGCAUGUAGCGACCAUUAAGCAUUACAGAAUAGUCCUGGUUUGCAGGCAAAAUUUAACGAAAUUAAACAAUGACGGCAACUUUGUAACACUAUUGUAACUAUAUAUUGUGUAAGUGGAAAGCUCUACUAAAUUCUGCUUCACCUUUUUGUAUCUAUUAGCCAUAAGAUAAGUCUGGCGUGAAGCCUUAAUCAUACAUUCAU